AUGAAGCCAAAUAGGACGAAAUUUAAUGUAUCUGAUGAAAAUGGUGUAAAUGUAAAAGUUAUUGUCCGAUGUCGUCCUUCGACUGAACAAGAAAAAAAAGAUCCAAGUAACUUCAAUAUACUACAAACAAGACCAGAAACAAAAGAAAUAGUAGUCUCACAGCAAGGUUUGGGGCGUAAAAUAGAUUCUUAUUCUAGUAAAGUAUUCUCCUUUGAUGGGGUAUGCGGUGCGUAUACUUCUCAGAAGGAACUUUUUAAGCAAUACAUUGUUCCAAUUGUUGAUGAAGCACUUUUAGGGUUUAAUUGUACAAUAUUUGCAUAUGGACAAACUGGGACUGGCAAGACUUAUACAAUGGAAGGUGAUAUGAAGGAGUACUUAGAGAUAUCUAACAUUUCUUUAUCUGAUCAUGCUGGUAUAAUACCAAGAGCAGUUCAACUCAUAUUUGAGAGAUUAGAGAGCCAGUAUACUGAAUAUGGUGUACGUGUAUCUUAUUUAGAGAUUUAUAAUGAGGAACUAUCUGACUUACUGAGUGAUGAAAAGGUUUCACUCAAAAUAUACGAUGACACUUCAGGAAAGAGAGGUCUAAAUGUGGAUAAAUUAGAAGAGAUGCCAGUGAAUAAAGCUCAAGAUAUAUUUAAUAUUUUAUCAACAGCAGUAAGGAAAAGAAGAACAGCUGAGACGUUACUUAAUAAAUGUUCAUCACGGAGCCAUUGUAUUUUCACAAUAACUAUACAUACAAAGGAAACCAAUAUUGAAGGUGAAGAUGUAUUAAAAGUGGGUAAACUUAAUUUGGUAGAUCUAGCUGGUUCAGAAAAUAUUCAGAGAAGUGGUGCGAAUGCAAUUAAAGAUCGUGCAAAAGAAGCAGGUAUGAUAAACCAAAGUUUACUUACAUUAGGUCGUGUAAUUAAUGCUCUUGUUGAUCAUUCAAGCUAUGUUCCAUAUAGAGAUUCAAAACUAACAAGAUUAUUGCAAGAUAGCUUGGGUGGACGCACAAAAACUUGUAUUAUAGCGACAGUUACAUCAUCUUCAUUGUAUCUUGAAGAAACAUUGAAUACACUCGAUUAUGCUCAUAGAGCAAAAAAUAUUAAAAAUAUGCCUGUAGUAAAUCAAAAGAUGACUAAAAAGGUGAUGAUACGUGAAAUGAAUUGUGAAAUUGAAAGACUUAAAUUUGAAUUACAGGCAAAUCGUGAAAAAAAUGGAGUAUAUUUACCUCUAGCUCAGUAUACUGAGAUGGAAUGCAAGAUUAAUAGUCAAGCAAAUGAAAUAUCAGAAUUAGAAGGAGCAUUACGAAGUCAAGCUGAGGUAUUAAAACAAAUCGAGACUAAUUUAGAAACUAUGACACAGGAACUAGAUGAUAGAAAUGAUCGGAUAAAUGCAGGUGAUUAUGCAUCAUUUCAAAUUAAAAAACAUGCUUUAUUAUAUAAUGAGAAAUGCGAUAUUUUAUAUUCCUUACUAAUGGAGUCUAUUAAGAAUAUGUCCAAGCUUCAAAAAAAAAUUAUUCAAUAUCAAGAAUAUACUGGUGAUAUGUCAACUCAAAUGCAGCUUUUACAUGAAAGUAUUACAAAAAAUAUACACGAUAUUUGUUUUAAAACAAGCAAUUCAUUUUAUAAAAUAGCUCAUGAAAUGAAGAAUGGAUUAUUAAAGCAGUGGUUACAAAGGAGUAGUUUGGCAAUAGAGGAAAUUGAGAAUAUUGUAAAAACAGGUAAAGCAUUGUGUCAAAAUGUAACUUCUAUACUAGAUGAUACAUUGAAUAGAUCCUUAAAUUCUGAAAUAUCAGCUGGAAUUAGUAGUAUUAAACAAACUGUAUUAGAUAAAAUAUAUGGUGAAACAUGCAGAAUGACAACUUUAUUAGAAGGAGAUAUAAACAAGCAGUUAACUGAAUGUACUAAUAUAGCUGAUGAAACAAUUCUUUUUGAAGAGAGUGGGUUGAUGGAGUUUAAAAAAUUAAAUGAAGAAUAUAUUACUAAACUUUCAGAGUAUGAAAGAGACAUUCAGAAACACGAUGAAAAUAUUCAAGUAUUAUUUAAUCAAAAGUUAAAUUUAAUUAAUGAAAUUACAAAUAAGAACUUGGAAAGUCUUGAUAAUAGAGUCAAGGAUCAAAUAUCAAAUCUUAAAUCAAAAGCUAAUAUACUGAAGCAACAAUUCAAUCAAUUCGUAGAUUCAUUUGUUGAUGAGGCUACUAAUGACUUAGUUACAACUACCAAAACAAUAUUUGAAGAUAUCAAUUGCACACGAGAUUCUACUAUAGAUAACUUGAAGCAGACUUUAAAUGAGCAUAAGAUUUUUAUGUGUGGAACACAAAGUUACCAAAAAAUUUUGCAUGAAAUUCAAGAUAACUUUAUCAAAAAAGUUCAGAGUGAAAAUCAGUUACAUAUGGAGAAGAUAGCUGAAAUUAAAAAAAGUAUUGGAAACAUUUCCUCACAUGCCGGAAUUGGUUUUCAACAUAUAAUUUCAACAAAUAAUGAAGAAUUUCAGAAGGGCACUUCUUUAUUGCAAAAAAUAUCCACCUUAUCUCAAUCAAGUAUAAAGAAUGCAAUUCAAGAUAUAAAUUCUGUAAUAUCGAUCCAAUAUAAUUCAUAUGAAGAACUUUCAUCAUGCAUAUCAAAUUAUUUUAAUUAUUAUCAUAAUGAAUAUUUAAGAGAUACAAAUAUAACUAUUGAUGAUAUAUUGGAUGAGUUAGGAGCUAUUCAUAAUAUUGGAGACUCAACUGAAAAUCACAGGGAUACAAUAAUUAGGCGUUUGCAAAAUAACAUGGAUAGUAUGGGAAAAUUACUUAAACGAGAACUCAUACCUAGUGGAUUAACUCCUAAUAAAAAUAUGACUAUUGCAAUUCCAAAAAUUGUAUCUAGAUGUUUAUCUCCAAGUAAAUAUAUUAACUAUUAUAGACAGACAGUACCAAGACCACCUUUUAACUUAGAUCAAGUUCAAAGGAUUACUGAUCCUUUUUUCGAAAAACCUGCAGAUUAUUUAGAAGGUGAUACUCAAGUUAUAAGUUUGUUGGAAUAUAUUAAUAAUGACGUGUCAACAUCAUCUAAUACUUCAAUUCCUUUAAAUUCAACUGAUAUUACUCCCAAUAGUAUUGUUAGUAAAAGUACAACAAAUAGAAGUACUCCAGUAAUUGAUAUGUUACCACCUCCAAUUAAAAUGCCCAGUGAACCAAACUAUUUAGAUGAAAAUGUAAUUAUUGAGGAAAAUUUCAACUUAAUGGAUUUGAAUAUACAAUCUCCAAUUAGUGUAUCACCAAUAUCUGUACCUAUUUCAUCCAUUCCCAAACCAAAAAAUACAAGAAGAGUAAUCACUAAUAAGAAGAUAAAUAAGUAA